AUGUCGUCCAAUUCGGACCUCACGCCUCCGGGGAGCAGCACGUAUGCCUCCAAUACAUUGCAUGUCGGAGAUGGAACAUGGGACUCGGGUCGCGAUACGUUUCUUCUGCCCAACUUGAUGGGCGUGAACUUUGAGACUAUGCGAUACAACGGCAUGGGGAACCGGUUCCGAGAUAUGCCCCAAUACCGCACGUUGAUAAUCGCUCAUGGUGUCAUUGCAACAAUUGUGUUCCUCGGUUUGGUGCCCAUAUCCGUCCUGAUCAUACGAUACUAUUCGCGAUGGAGCCCUUUCUGGGCUUUUAAACUUCAUGUCUGGUUCCAGGUUCUGACACUCUUACUGAGCACUGUGGUCUUUGUGCUCGGAUGGUUUGCAGUCGGGCCUGAGAGAAGUCUCACGAACCCUCAUCAUGGCAUAGGGCUAGCCAUCUACGUCAUGGUUAUUUUCCAGGUAUUAUGGGGGUAUCUCGUGCACAAGAUUGAGAGUAAGCGGAAAAGAUACCAUGUUCCGUUGAAGCUAGUUAUCCAUCGGUGGAUUGGUCGUGCUCUUGCGAUCUUAGGUCUAGUGCAGAUUCCCCUGGGACUCACCCUUUACGGCUCCCCAAAAUCCUUGUUCAUCCUAUACUCAAUAGCUGCUUUCGCACUUCUGGCAACAUUCUUCGUUCUCUCGUACCUGUACGAUUCUGAGGGAUAUCCCACAGGAAGUGAAUAUGACGCUCGGCACAGCUACGUUUCAGGCCCUUCAGGCGUGGAAGAUCGACGUCAUAGCAGCUUUGGCCGCAUGGCCGCGGCAGGAGCGGCAGGAGCGGGUCUGGCUGAGCUUUUCCGACGCCGUUCACGUCCGAAAGAACGUCACGAAGACUCCCAGAUGUCUUAUUCGGAAGACAAGUACUCCGAUGAGGAGUCACGCCGUGGUGGCUGGGGGAGCAAGCUUCUCAAACUAGGAGCUAUCGGUGGUGGUGCGCUUCUCGUUAAACGAUUAUUCGACAGAAGGCGCGAUCGAGAUAGUGAUACGGAAUCCGGUCGCUAUAGUCGCGCGCAUACACGAACUGACAGUAUGACGGAAGCCACAAUGAGUGGGUUGGAGGACGGACGACGGCCAGAACCAAGCUAUCAGACUCCUCUCAAUCGGCCACCAAGCAGACCGCCAAGCAGACCCCCCAGUAGACCACAAAGUCCGGGAUCGUCUUAUUAUUACAAUACAACAUAUCUGACUGAGCCAGAGCCACAGCCGUCUCAUGGAGUUCGUAACGCCUUGUUCGGUGCUGGAGCUUUCGCGGCUCUCCGGGGUCUCUUUAAGCGUCGGAAUAGAGAUGACGAGCAACGACGCGUGGAGGAGAUGCGCCGUCAUGAUAUAGAAGAGGAGAGAAUCGCUCGAGCAAACAGUAAGCGGCGAUAUACAGGAGACGGCUUCUACCCACGAAAGCACAGAAGGGCCGAUUCCUACACCGCUACCGAUCUCUCAUCGACUGACAUGACCCGCCCACCACGUGGGCCUCUGCACGGCGAAUCCGCUAUAUCUGCCGGCCCCGCGACACCUGGACCUAUGGACGUGCCACAUUCCGGUGCCCCUCCUGCCCCGCCAAUUCACCAAGAGCCAAUCUCAGAGAUGCCAACUCCUGUCCAGUCUCGACAUGAGCUGCCGGAGGUGGCCACUGGUCUGGCAGCCGGAGCGGCGGCCAUGGAUGCCUCGUCCAGCCAUCGCCGUCAGCGCAGUACAAGUAGACAGCGGGACGACCACGUGGAAUCUCCACCUGUCUCAGUCAAAGUGAAGAUGCACAAUGACGGCCGGCACGUCACUCUGAGGAGACUGACCGAGGAAGAAGCCGCCGCCAGUCGUGAAGCACGACGAAGGGAGAGGAGAAACUCACGUCGUCGCGCCGGAAGCGCGAGUUCUUUAUCGGGAAACGAAGGUGGCUACGAUCGAUGGCGCCGGGUGGAGGAACUCGAGCGUCAGCAGCAGGAACAAAUCCAACGUGAACAGCAGGCGGCCGCGGCUGCAGCCGGUUCUGCUGCUCCUCCGCCAUCAUUUGUCCCGCCCUCGAGUCACUUUUCUCCCCCACCUCCCCCUGUACCCUCCAGCUUGCCCUACGGCAGCAUCGGGUCUCCGGGCACAUUUACCGGCACCGAUGCCAGUGGCGACUAUGCAAACAAUCGCCGGCGAAGACGAGCGGAAAGAGCUCGAGCUCGGCAAGAAAGACAACAAAGUGUUGAUUUCACAUGA